UGCUGGUCUCUGUAAAGAGGACUUUAAUGGGCUUUACAAUAUGAGGACGCUAUAAACAUUAACAUAUACGAGAAUGUCUAUAUAAGUAGACUAUAUACCCACAGUUUAAGUACAACAUACAUAUCCUCCAUUGUGUUGGUAUAUUGAUCUGAUAUAAUGGCAGCCGUUCGAGUGCAAUCCAUUGCAUAUGGUGGAGUAGGGGCAAUACCCUCUCAGUUCAUCAGAGCUGAUCAUGAGAGGUCUGCUCUCAAUGCUCCUCCUGCCAAAAUUCCGCUCAUAGAUAUGUCCAUGUUACACGCAUCACCUGACCUGCGCCAACCAACGGUGGCAGAAAUAGGAACUGCAGCUCAAGAAUGGGGGAUAUUUCAAGUGGUGAAUCAUGGAAUUUCAGAAGAUUUGAUCCGACGUUUGCAGACAGUGGGAAAAGAGUUUUUCGAUCUUCCACAGGAAGAAAAGGAAACGUAUGCCAACAAUGCUGAGGAUGGCAAUCUGGAAGGCUACGGUACUAAACUGGUACACAAUAUUGAGGGAAAGAUGGGGUGGAAUGAUUAUUAUUUCCAUAUGCUGUGGCCUCCUUCCCGCAGGGAUCUCAACACCUGGCCUAAAUGCCCUUCCUCUUAUAGAGAAGUUUGUGAAGAUUAUGGGAGAGGGAUUUUGAGCGUGGUAGAUAAGUUGCUUUCCGCACUUUCUAUCAAUCUUGGGGUGCAAGAGUGUUCGUUGAAAGAAGCGAUUGGUGGGGAAGACAUGGAAAUGGAGAUGAAGAUAAAUUACUACCCGCCAUGUCCUCAGCCAGAGCUCGCUCUGGGAGUUCUCCCUCACACUGACAUGAGUGCUUUAACUCUGCUUGUAGCGAACCAAGCUUCCGGACUACAAGUUUUCAAAGACUCUGACUGGGUCGCUGUUGAUCAUGUUCCAAACGCCAUUGUUGUCCACAUUGGAGACACACUACAGAUAUUGAGCAAUGGCAAGUACAAGAACGUUUUACACAGGAGCGUGGUGAGCAAAGACAAGGUUAGAAUGUCAUGGCCAGUGUUUUGCAAUCCUCCAGGGAAUAAAGUAGUAGCCCCCAUGAAAGAACUGCUCGAUGAUCACAGUCCUGCCUUGUUUACUGCCAAAACAUUCACAGAUUACAGACGUUGCAAGAUAAACAAGGUUAAAAAGUAAAAGCACUUCUUGUCUUCGAAUUCAAUUGUUAAAAGUCUAAUCACUAGUAGCACAAUAAUGAUGGAGUGCUCCCCUUACUCUGGCACUCUUUUAGUGUCAGAAUGACGAUGACUGCUCAUUAGAAAAGCUUUUGUUGACAUUUGUUAUUAUUGUAAUAAUUUCAAUAUAUUAUUUGAAGGGAUGACUUUAUAAAGAUUAUAUCAUUCUUUUUUA